AAUAAUAAUAAUAAUAAUAAUGACUUCUUCACAAAUUGAUUCUUCUUCUCAUAUAUCUCAAUACUUUUCACAUCUUUCACCAAGAUCUUCUUCUUCAAUAUCUUCAUUACCUGAUUCUACUAUUGCCACUCCAACUCGUUUUAGUGUUAACUCGAACCUUAUGAAUUAUUCUAUACCUAAAAAUAAUAAUAAUAAUAAUAAUAAUGAAUCAGAAAUCACAUAUUAUCAAAAUAAAAUGACAACUGAUAGGCGAACUAUUCAAGAAGGAAGUUCUGAUACACGUACUCGACAAUUGGAAGCACAAAUUGAAGCACUUACAUUAUCAAAUGUCAAAUUACAACGAGCUAAUCGAUUACUCAAGGUGGAUACUGAUAAUUUAAUCGAACAAAAAACUCAACCUUUAAAUGCAACUAUUCGAGAAUUAACAUUUAAUAAUGUUCAACUUCAACGUACUACUCGAUUAUUACAACAAGAUUUAGAAGAUAAAAAUGCAAAAUUAAAUCAAUUUCAAUCUGAUCAAGUAUUAUCAAUGAAAACUGUGGGUCCUGAAUAUGAAUAUCUUGUACAAAUGAUCAAUUUGCUUCAUCGGCAGAUCAAUGGUGAUGCGAACUGUGAAGAAGUAUGUUGUUAUACAUCAGCUCCUGUGGAUCAAUCAACCGUAGUCAUGACUCUUCCUCCUGAAAAUGAAGAAAAACAACAACAUGAAGAUGGUGAUGACGAUGAACAAGCUGGAAUGGAAGCUCAGCAUAUUUGUCGACCAGUCAUUCAUUCUUCUAUCUCGCAAGGUUCUUAUGCAGCUGAAUUGGAACGGAAACUCAGUCAACUAGAACAAAUCAUUGACGAAUUGGAAACUGAGAAAGAAACUCUUUUACGCCAACAAUCUUAUAAGGAUGAUGAUAUUCAAAUGCUCAAAAAGGAAUUACAAAUCAAAGAUGAAAUUGUUUCUCAAUUAGAACAAGAUUUUAUGGAAUUGGAAGAAAAAUUGACCAUGUUACAAAAGGAAUUGGAUCAUAGAUCUAUGCAUCAUCAUCAUUCACCAUCACCACCACCUGAUCCAAAACGUCAAUCUCAAAUGUUGAUGGAAUCGAAACGACGAUCCCUUGCUAUCAAAGAUACUGAUUUGUUGGAAAAAAUGCUACGUGGGGAUUUAGAUAUGGAAGUAGAAAGCAACAAUAGAAAUGAUGCUAUUCCACCAUCACCGACAGCUUCCUCUGCAUCAUCUGUACGACAACAACACGAUGAAGAUGACGAUAUUGAAGUGGAUCGAUAUGAUGAAAAUCAAAAACGUCAAGAAGAAAAGGAUGAUAUAUGUGAAAAUGACAAAAAUGAGGAUAAUAAUCACCAGCAAUCAUCAUCAUCAUCAUCAUCAUCACGUCGUAUUACAUCUUUUUUAUCUACUACGUCUAUUCCUUGUGGAUACCCAUCAUCAUCAUCAUCAUCUUUAUCUUUAUCGAAUGCCUCUGAAAUGAUGCUUGCAUCUUCACCUGCCCCGGCUUUAUUUACAAUGAUGAGCAUAUUUCUUGGAUGUGCGGCUCAAAUUGGAAUCACUGACGAUUGGACACUACCUAUUACUCUGACUGCCGUUGUAUCUGGUUUCUUAUGGUCGGGUGGAGCAAAAGGUGUUCAACUCAAGGUUAAACUGAAUUGAUCCUUCUCUCUCUCUCUCUAUCUCUCUCUCUCUCUUAUUAGAUUAUUUUAUUUUAUUUUACUUUAUUUUAGUUCUUAGUUCUUAUUUAUAUAUUUAUAUAUUCAUAUCUGAUUAUCCUUCCUUUCCCCCCUUCCCUCCUUCUCCUUCUGAUUCUUCUUGUCCUUCUUCUCUCUUUAUUAUUCUCCUAUUCUUUCCCUUUCAUUUGUAUAUAGUAUACUUAUAUCAUCCUGUUUCAAUGUCGAACAAUAUAAUUUUUUUUAUCCUUAUUUGAUACCUUUUGAUUGUCCUAAAAAAAACAAACAAACAAUUAAUAAAAGAG